AACUCAAUCAGUUUACUACUAGCUAGACUAGAGCCCCAUAUCCGCGGCGAUAUAUUAUUCUCCCGCCUAAUUAACCACAUAUUUAUGCUUGCACUCUUCUUCCCACCUACUACCUUCAGUCCAUUCAUCGCUCACUUGCCAUAUGUGUCUCCCGUUCUGCUGCCGCGAAAAUGAUCCGCCACAACCGCAAGUGACACAUGAGCAUCAUACAGGUCACGGGGUCGAGCAUGUCGACCACCCGCCGCCCUCUGGAACUGGAAAGGGAUCAGACAAUGGCAACGGUGCGAACAUGAACAAGAACAAUGGCGAUGAAGAUAAGAGCAAUAUGGCGAAGUCACCACCUACUCCGGCACCGCAACAAUCUCCUGAUAGCGACACGGAAGACGAAGAAGUCCCAUCGGCAUCGCCUACUCCGGCGGCUCCGCAAACUCAUCAUAGUCCUCUUAAACAUAGGCACCAGAAGACCGAGGAGGCUUCGGUGGCAGCGACGACUCCUGUGCCUACUGUGGCCACCAAAGCUCCCAAGAAAGCCGAGCAAGUCGUCGCCAGUCCAAGACACCAUGCCGGGUCAGCUGUGGCAGCAGCAGGCGUCGCGGAUUCCGCGAGGACGCCACCCGAGAUGCAGGUUGCUCGUCGUGGCCAAGCCCAUCAAGGCGAUUACGGCUACCCUAACCCUAGCGCUUCUCCCACUGUGGUGGCGGUGCCGGCUGCCAACAACGUCCGUGGAGAUCGUGGGCAUGGUGAUGGUGCUCAUGCUCAUGCAUACGGUGGCAAAGAUGAUCGCAAGACUCCAGGCAGAACAUCACGGCAGUGAUGAGGUGUGACAAACAUGUUUCGACGACUUUGUCUUGAUGCUGGUGAUCGUAUUCCAGAGGAGUUGACAUCUUGGAUCAAGGCGGUUUAUUGCGUAGGACUACUUGAGCCUUCGUUGGGAAUGUAAUUUUUUCGUUAUUUAUCUUCUUUUUUUCUCCCGUUGUAUUAAUUUGGCCUCAUUCUACCUAUGGGUAGAUGAAGCCGGAUAGUUUCUAUCCUUUAUCUAAAAAACCAUAGUGAAUCCAUAUAUUGUACUGUAUAUAUGAUCUCGGUUGUUGCUUUUAA